UUCUCGUGCUGAAAGGAUUCAUUGUGUCGGGGGGCUGAAUCCUCCCGGACCCCGUGUGUUUCUAUUCGGGAUCGCAGGUUUUAACGGGAGAGCAACUUAUUUAUAUGGGGGCUUGAGCCAUGCCUGUAACGGACAACGCUGCGUUUCACGGGGGAUAGAACGCACCAUCUUUACCCGUCGAGACGGUGCCCGUGUCUGCGCGCGAUGCUUUAGAUGCCAUGAGGAUGCUCCUGGAGGCCGAGCUCUGGAGACUGGCUACCAAAGCGCACGGAUUAACAAUGUAGCGGAUGCGCGUCUCUUGAUCCAUCGAUGGAAACGUGGGAGGAGGGCAAAUAUCUGGGAUUUUCGCCUGUUUGAAUACUGUAUUGUUCUUUGUUUGAAAAGGGGGAAAAAAGCAACUGGUUAAUCGACUUGAAAUCCAUCAUCAUCAUCAUCAUCGUCAUCCUCCUCAUCCUUAUCAACCAGAGAAACAAAAACAUGGGCAACGCAGAGAGCGUGGACGCGCAGCUCACAGACUUCAGGGCGAGAAACAAGCCCCCCAAGCUGCCCAUGCCUGACCCCAUCGAGCUCGAGGAGAGGUUCUCCAUAGCCCUGAAUUCCAUGAACCUUCCACCGGACAAGGUGAGGCUACUGCGGCAGUACGAUAACGAGAAGAAGUGGGAGCUCAUCUGUGAUCAGGAGAUGUUUCAGGUGAAAAAUCCUCCUCAUACAUAUAUCCAGAAGCUAAGAGGAUUUCUGGACCCUGCUGUCACAAGAAAGAAAUUCAGGAGGAGAGUGCAGGAAUCCACCCAGGUGCUCCGCGAACUGGAAAUUUCACUCCGAACCAAUCAUAUCGGGUGGGUGAGAGAGUUUCUGAAUGAAGAGAACCAAGGCUUGGACGUGCUGGUGGAGUAUUUAUCUUUUGCACAAUAUGCCGUUACCUUCGAUGGCGAUGCAGCGGAGGGGGCCAGCGGAGAGGCGUCUGUGGAGACACCGUGGAGCAGAUCUAUAGAAGAUCUACAUGGCGACACCAAUCUGUCCUCGCCAGUCAGCAGCAGCAGUAUACAACGCUCCACAAGACACUCCUUAAGGUCCAACACGCUUCCCAGUCGUAGGACGCUGAAAAAUUCUCGUCUAGUUUGUAAGAAGGAUGACGUCCACGUCUGCGUCAUGUGUCUCCGAGCCAUCAUGAACUACCAGUAUGGCUUUAACAUGGUGAUGUCACAUCCACAUGCAGUAAAUGAAAUUGCUCUGAGCCUCAACAUCAAAAAUCUCAGGACCAAAGCUUUGGUUCUGGAGCUGCUGGCUGCUGUGUGUCUGGUGAGAGGAGGGCAUGAGAUCAUCCUGGCUGCCUUCGAUCAUUUUAAAGAGGUCUGUUCGGAGUCCCAGCGGUUUGAGAAGCUAAUGGAGGAUUUUAAAAAUGAAGACAACAAUAUCGAUUUCAUGGUGGCAUGCAUGCAGUUCAUCAACAUCGUGGUGCACUCUGUGGAAGACAUGAACUUUCGAGUUCACCUUCAAUACGACUUCACCAAGCUUUCACUGGACGAUUAUCUGGAAAGACUGAAGCACACAGAGAGCGAUAAGCUGCAGGUGCAGAUCCAGGCAUAUCUAGACAACCUGUUCGAUGUGGGCACAUUGUUGGAAGAUGCCGAAACCAAAAACGCAGCACUGGAACGCGUGGAGGAGCUGGAGGAGAGUCUGUCACAUAUGACGGAUAAGCUGCUGGACACAGAGAAUGAGGCCAUGUCUAAGAUUGUGGAGCUAGAAAAACAGCUGAUGCAGAAGAACAAGGAGCUGGACUCCCUACGGGCUGUGUACAGGGAUGCCAGCUCGCAAGUACACUCUCUUCGGCGUAUGGUGCGUGAGAAGGACGAAGCCAUCCAAAAGCAGUCCAGGCUAGAGAAGAAGAUUCAUGAGCUUGAGCGGCGUGGUAGUCUGCAGAUCCAGGUGAGGGGAGAGGGAGAUGGUGAAGGAGAAACAUCCCCUCUUCCCUCACCUCCUCAGCCCAUGCCUCUGUCACCAUGCCCCGAUGCCAUGAUCCAGGCUGGCGCAGGUGCCAGCUGCUCGUAUGCCUCUACUUCACAAACUGGAACCCUGAGAAGGAUCGCCACUCCGCCUCCACCACCACCACCACCUCCUCCACCACCGCCCCUGACUGACUCCUCUUUACCUAACGGACCAUCAGCUAUCACUGCCCCGCCUCCUCCUCCUCCACCACCCCCUCCUCCACCCCCUCUGAUUGGGCAGGCCAUGGAGAUGUCCACCCCACUACCCCCACCUCCACCCCCUGUAGCCCCUCCCCUCCCUGGCUGUGGCACACCCACAGUCAUAUUCAACUCUGGCCUAACAGAUGGACCAAUCAAGCUCUUCUCCGUGAAAAUUAAAAAGCCGAUCAAGACCAAGUUCCGGAUGCCGGUCUUUAACUGGGUGGCCUUGAAACCUAAUCAGAUCAAUGGGACCGUCUUUAACGAGAUUGACGAUGAAAGGAUUCUGGAGGACCUGAAUGUAGAUGAGUUUGAGGACAUGUUUAAGACCAAAGCCCAAGGUCCUGCAGUGGAUAUGACCAUGAGCAAGCAGAAGGCUCCACAGAAAGGCCCCAAUAAAGUGUCAUUACUGGAGGCCAACAGGGCUAAGAACCUGGCCAUCACCCUACGCAAAGCAGGAAAGAGCCCUGAGGAGAUCUGCAAAGCAAUUCAGUCGUUCGACCUGCGCACCGUGCCUGUGGACUUUGCAGAGUGUCUGAUGCGCUUCAUGCCCACCGAAGCAGAGGUGAAGACGCUGCGGCAGUAUGAGAGGGAGCGACGGCCCUUGGCGGAACUGACUGACGAGGACCGCUUCAUGAUGAUGUUCAGCAAGAUCGAACGUCUGCCUCAGAGAAUGACCAUCAUGGCAUUUAUGGGCAACAUUAGUGACAGCCUGCAGAUGCUCACACCGCAACUUCAUGCGAUCAUCGCUGCAUCUGUGUCAAUUAAAUCCUCCCAGAAGUUGAAGAAAAUCCUUGAGAUCAUUCUGGCUCUGGGGAAUUACAUGAACAGCGGUAAAAGAGGAGCUGUGUAUGGCUACAAGCUUCAGAGUUUAGAUCUGCUGCUGGAGACGAAGUCCACAGACAGGAAGCAAACUCUUUUACACUACAUUGCUAAUGUGGUGAGGGAGAAAUAUGCUGCUGUGAGCUUGUUCUACAAUGAACUUCACUAUGUAGAAAAAGCUGCUGCAGUCUCUCUGGAGAAUGUUCUUCUGGACGUGAAAGAGCUGCAGAGGGGGAUGGAUCUGACUCGGCGUGAAUACAGCAUGCACGGUCACAACUCGCUACUCAAGGACUUCAUCCACCACAAUGAGACCCGGUUGAAAAAACUACAGGAUGAUGCUAGGAUCUCACAGGAUGCUUUUGACGAAGUUGUGAAGUAUUUUGGCGAAAGCCCGAAAACCAUGCCCCCCUCCGUCUUCUUUCCAGUGUUUGUGCGCUUUGUCAAGGCCUACAGGCAAGCAAAUGAGGAGAAUGAGCAGAGGAAAAAGCAAGAGCAGCUGAUGAUGGAGAAACUUAUGGAACAGGAGGCCAUGAUGGAGGAGCAGGCGGAUCAGCAGUCUCCAUCCCAUAAAGGCAAAAGGCAGCAGCAGGAGCUGAUAUCCGAGCUAAGGAAGAGGCAGGGCAAGGACAGCCGCCAUGUCUACGAGGGCAAAGACGGGGCCAUCGAGGACAUUAUUACAGUGCUGAAGACCGUCCCCUUUACCGCACGAUCAGCCAAGCGCGGCUCACGCUUCUUCUGUGACCCCACCCACUCCGAGGACUUCCAUUAUUAAAUUAAACUCUCUCCCUCAGAAAGACCUGCGCAGUCACCCUUAUCGCCGUGCCGAUGCCGUCCAAAGGAGUAGGAGGAACAGCUUUGACAGACAGAGUCUUCACCUGCUCCGAGUGGCCACCAUCUGCUGAGAAGGCGGGCCAUGUCCAAUUAUUACAGGGAAAAAAACAAUGAGAGGAGCUGCACCUCUAAUUAAUUCCAAAAUUUAAAGUAGAAACUGAAAAAGGUUUAGUUUUUUUUCUUAUUAAUUGCACUUGGAACUGAUUAAUCUUUAAUGCAUAGAAGACUGGAAGUGAGCAGUCCUAUCUAGUGGACAUAGCUCUGUGAACAGUUUUUUUUUCAGAGACUGUGGCAGGCGAAAGGAUGGAAAGAAAACGACUAACGUGUGGACGAACGUGUGACUACUGGUAGUGUUUGGACUCUCCCACGAGCAGUGUUUACGUCUGGUUCGAGACACACACGACGAUGCACUUUGCUUUUUUAAAUAUUCCGCUGUCGUAACGAACGCCUUCGCAAAGAGAAGCGGAUGGACAUUUCUGAGAGGCCGAUGAGAGAAGACAGGCAACUGGUGCUAUGGAGGACUGUCUCCGUCACUGGUGCUAUGAAGGUCAAUCUUCUACUUACCAACGUUUCACAAUGCUCAGUGUAAUCCAUGACGCUCGGUGUAUAAAUGUAUGUCAGCACACACUACUUCUCCUGCUUGGCUUCUCUCGUGAUGUUCGUGAACCGUGAACCGAAGACUUUUUUCUUCUUUUUAAACACUGCAUUGAGUAAAAAAAAAAAAAACGGAUCCCUUUUUUUAAAAAAUAUACAGAUAUUUUGCUACAAAAAGUGAACCUCUUAUUUUUUACAUCGACCAUCCAUUGUGAUAUUGUACAUAUUGUUGAAACAAUCCACUUGCUCCGAUAUCGGUUUAAUGUUAUGGUGUGACAGUGUAUCACAGUAUUAUUUAGAUCAGUGGUGAAACAAGUGGAUCUGGUCACUCUGUGCUAAAUAUCUCUCUUCAUCACAAGUAAUGGUAAUGGUAAUAGUCUGUGGUUGCACGUUACACUUGAAGAAAAAAAAGCCUGGGGCGGAUGUUAGGAUUUUAGUGGCACAUACAGUAUAGCAUUCCUCGUUCAAACUGGAAUCAAUGGAAAAUAAAGCAACAACACCAGAAUUGUA